UGGAACACACUCCUACUCUACCGUGUUUCCACACGGAUUAUUUGCUCCGUCGUGCCACAUAUACACGUGCAAUUAUUUUUGUUGUUUAUUGAAAAUUGAUCACGUAUCAGUCGCAGUAUUAACAACAAAAUAAUCUUACGGCAUACGUCUGACAUUGUUAUUACGGAUAUCAUAUGCCUAUGUUAAGAAUUAAUACUGACAGUGGUUGUUGACUUGACAGAUUUGACCACUCAUGGCGUCCUCCGCUCUCCAGAAUGACUCCGACGACGAGGACUUCGGAGAAGCGUUCAAGCGCUAUAAAUACAAAAAUGCCUUCAGCGAGGACAAAUGGGAACAGGAGUUUGACAAAAUUCCCAUGUUCAUGAAAACAGCCCCAGAAGAGAUUGACCCCAUGGAAUAUCCAGAGUUAGCUUGCCUCCAGGCUAUUAUCCAUGAUGAAGACAGAAGUCCAGAAGAACAAGCGAAGAGUUUAAAGGAUGAAGGAAAUGCUUUCUUCAAAGAGAAGAACUACCUAAAGGCUAUCGUGGCAUACACGGCUGCUUUAAAGAGGAAUUGUGGUGACCAAGAGCUGGAUACGGUUCUUCUUACCAACCGAGCGGCGGCACACUUUCAUAUCGGCAACAUGCGCUCUGCACUGAAUGACACUACAGCUGCAAAGAAGAUCAAACCAAAGCAUCUUAAGGCCUUGAUUAGAGGUGCUCAGUGUUGCAUUGAACUGUGUAACUUUGUGGCAGCCAUUCAGUGGUGUGAAGAUGGGCUUAAUGCUCAUCCUUCAGACAAGAAGUUGCAGGAGCUGAGAGCUGCAGCAGACAAACAAAAGAGAGCAGCAGAUAGAGAUUCCAGAAAGGCCAAGGUCAAGGAAAAGAAGUUACAUAAUGAGAAAGAGGCUCUUAUGGCUGCUAUAAAGGAACGGGGCAUCAAACUCCGACAAUCUGCAAAGCCUCGUCAGUCUGGUUCGGAUGAAGACGAGGAAACUUCAGACAUGUUAGCCAACUUGAGUUUGGACGGUCUCAACUCACAUGAGGCAACAGGGGCUCAAGUCUUCCUGGACGAGCACGGCUCCAUGCACUGGCCUGUACUGUUCCUGUAUCCUGAACAUCAGCAGAGUGAUUUCAUCUCUGCUUUCAGUGAAAGCAGCAGUUUUUCAGAGCACUUUGCUGUCAUGUUUGGGGAAGAACUUCCACCUUGGGAUGUUGACAGAAAAUACCACCUGCAGAAUUUGCAGGUGUUCUUUGAGGAUGAGGAGACAGAGGUGCUCUACAAACUUAACCCAGAAACAACACUUUUGUGUGUGUUACAACAUAAAAGGUUUUUUGUCAAGGCGGGUACACCCAACUUCAUCAUUUUGGUGAAUGGCUCACCAUUCUACAAGCAAUAUUUAACAGGGAGGAAAAUACGCACUUUGUGAAUUUAACCAUUUUAUUAUGGCUGUCAUAUGAUAAUAAUAAUAAUAAUGGAUUAGAUUUAUAUCGCGCUUUUUCUAUUGUUAGAUACUCAAAGCGCUCACAGAGAAGUGGGAACCCAUCAUUCAUUCACACCUGGUGGUGGUA